AUGGACAAGAUUAAGAAGCAGAGAACUACCAAGAGGUGGGCGACCACACGCAUCGUAGGAGAAGUGGAAACCGAACUAGCAAAGGAAGAAUAUGAUGAGACCUAUCUACGAGUCAAAUUACAGAAGCUGAACAGCCUUAGUGAAGAGUUAUCGGAGUUGAAUCAGAAGGUGAGGGAUGGCAUGUUAGACGCCAACUCCACCCAGGACGAAUUGGAUGAAGAGGAAAAGGCGAUCGAAGAAUAUGAAGCAAAGCUAGCGACCGCUAUUAUGGAAAUCAAGGAAGUCCUCUCCACCAAUUCAAGCCCUGUCUCAAGUGUCGCCGGAAGUGCGGCGUCAGCUGAAGGCAGGUCGAGUUACAAACUACCGAAAAUUGAGCUGACUAAAUUCGGCGGAGACGUGAAGGAAUGGCUCGGAUGGUGGGCUCAGUUCAACGGCAUCCAUUCAGAUGAGAAUAUGCCAAUCAAUGUGAAAUUUCAAUAUCUUGUGCAAGCCAUCAUCCCUGAAAGUAAAGCGCAAGCAGUCAUCAAGAUUUAUCCGAGAUCAGACGAUAACUACCCAUUAGUCAUUGCUGCCCUUAAGAAGAGAUUUGGGAACGAGAAAAUUCUUCGCCAGCUCUACAUCCGUGAAUUAUUGGGCAUGGUACUGAAAGCAAGAGACUCAGAUAAGAAGAUGGGGUUAUCUAUGCUGCACGAUCAAUUAAAGGGGAAGUUGAAGGCGUUGGAGUCACUUGGGAAGUUAACAGACCCCAACGAGCUAUUGUAUCCCCUGGUCGAGUCCUGUUUACCCAACGAGGUCCUCAUUGCGUGGCAGAGGAGUCCCUUAAAAGAUAAGAAGUUGGAGCAAGGAGAAUCAGAACUCGACAAUUUGAUGACAUUUCUGGAGAGGGAGGUGGAAGAUGAAGAGGAAAGGUGCCUUGCGAAAAAUGGAUUGGAUCAGACUGCCAAAAAGAAAGGGAGUGGGCAAAAGGAUCGAAGCAAGGACAAGGGAGAGUCAGUUCAUGAAUCAUUUAAGAAUAUGGGAUUGGAAGACACCCCUACUUCUGCUGGACUGACGGCUUCCACAGCAAACAAGAAUGGCUGCAUAUUUUGUGACAAGACAAAUCACCCGAGUCAGGACUGUUUUAAAGCAAGAAAUCUAUCAUUGGAACAGAAAGAAGAGAAAAUAAAAGAGAAAAGAGCUUGCUUCCGGUGCCUGAAAAUUGGUCACAAUGCUAACAAGUGCAAGGGAGCCGUGAAAUGUUUUGGUUGCGGUAAGAAUCAUCACUUACUAAUGUGUCGCGGUGGAGAAAAGAAAGAGACUCCUCCGCCAGAAGAACUCAACCUUUCAGUUAUUCGUCAUAACAAUUUCGCCAAGAGUUAA